UGUCAAAGAUGGCGUGAGCGGUUGGAGUGGUGUUGUUGGAGGAGUCGGUUCGGUUCGGAGCCUUACCUGGAGAUUUCCAGCAUCUGCCGCCUCUCUUGUGACUCUACUGACCUGGCCAGCCGAUCUCUGUCAAUUGGAGGAAAAGCAAGUUCUGCGACGACACGUCAAAAUUUUGCAGGAUAAACUUCUAACAAUGACAAACAAGACACUUAUUGUAUCUGCUCCUGGGAAGGUUAUUUUACAUGGAGAGCAUGCUGUGGUCCAUGGAAAGGUGGCUCUUGCAGUCAGUCUAAACUUAAAAACAUAUCUCCGGAUUCAACCACGUUCCGAUCAAAAAGUACAGUUAUACUUGCCAAAUAUCGGCGCCCAUCUUAGUUGGAAAACUACGAACCUGCGGUUUCUGCUGACAGCAAUUGAUGCUGAUGUCCAGAAUCCAAAGGCUGCGAGCCAAGAACUAGUGGAACAACUGAGACAGAAUGCAGGAAUUUCAGAAGGCUAUACAGACACAAUGAGCCUCAGCAUCCUCUGUUUCCUUUACUUAUAUGGUGCUAUCUCCACCAGCAAUAGUCAGUUGCCAAGUGUGGACAUUGUAGUUUGGUCUGAAAUUCCAAUAGGAGCUGGCCUGGGAUCCAGUGCUGCAUAUUGUGUGUGUCUUGCAGCUGCUCUUCUCACUGCCAGUGGGGCCAUAACUUGUCCAGAUCUGCAAGAGAAAGACAUUGCCAAAUGGAAUGACGCUGAACUGGAACUGAUUAACAAAUGGGCUUUUCAGGGAGAGAAGCUAAUACAUGGGAACCCAUCUGGUGUGGAUAAUGCUGUAGGAACAUGGGGAGGAGUGUUGAGAUAUCAUGCAGGUAAAAUUAUCCCUUUGUCCAGAGUGCCCACUCUACGGAUACUGCUUACUAACACAAAAGUCUCAAGAAGCACCAAAGUAUUAGUAGCUAGAGUGAAGGACAAACUUAAUAAGUUACCAAGCGUAAUAAAACCUGUGCUGGACUCAAUAGAUGCUAUUUCAUGCGAAUGUGAAUGCAUUUUGGCUGCUAUUGCAUCUGGCAGUGAUAUAAAUGAACACUACACAAUCCUGGAGGAACUUAUUGACAUUAACCAGCAUCACCUGAAUGCCAUUGGAGUGGGUCAUUCCUCAUUGGACAGGUUAUGUCAGGUAACUGCAGCAUAUGGUCUGCACAGCAAAUUGACUGGCGCAGGAGGUGGCGGAUGUGGCUUAACACUGCUCAGACCAGAUACGAGUCCUUCUGUGGUAGAAGCUUCCAAACGGGCUUUAAAAGACUUUGGGUACGAUUGCUGGGAGACAAAUAUUGGUGGAUCUGGUGUGUCCUUGCAGUCACCAUCGUCCUUGCAGAAGGACAUAUUUCAGCUUUUAUGUGAUGUGAAGAAUUGCCAGUGAAGAACUUUAGAAACAUAUUGUUAUUAUGCUGAUCAUUUGCACAUAUUGUAUCUUGCUUAUUUUACAGAUUCUGUCAGUGUGCAUUAGAUUUGAUCACCUCAUUUUUAACUUAAUUUCCAUUCAUUUUUCAAUAAUCCUUCUCCUUGUCUCCUGCUUAGUUGCAUUAAAGGAACAUUUAGCUCACAAAAUUUUUUUGGUUUUUCAUUUGCACCUGUAAUUGUGAUCAUUCAGAAGUAUUUUCAUUGAAAAGGGCUGCUUAUUUCCAGUUUUGGUGCCUGAUUGAAGCUUAGUACCUAUAAAUAAAUGUUUGGAAAGUGAAGGUGUUCAUCAAUCCAGAUGGGAGAGACUAUUCUUGGUACUGAACUUGGCUGGAAAAUGCUGCAGUGAAGGGGGAUGGUUCACCAGUUGUGUUUUACAAUAGCUAGUUUUUUAAUUCAAACAAAUUAUGUUAUUAGUGGUUUUUCUGUUAUAAACAAUGCACUUUGUUUAACUUUCUGGAGGAUCAUAAUGAGAAUUUACUGAAAAAAGCUGAUUAAAUUUACCUGGAUCAGA